UUUUCUCGCCCCUCCCUUUUUUCCUUCGUAAAAAUCUCUCCUUUAAAAAAAAAAAAGAAAAGAAAUUUCGGGGCGCUUGUUGUCUCUACUCUCUCUCUCUCUCUCUCUCUCUCUCCCAAAUCCCGAAGAGGAGAGAGAGUGUGGGAGCGGGGUCGAGAGUGUGCGAGACGCAGAAGAGGACGUGAUAAAACCCCGGUGAAGGGUCCUCCAAAUGGGGAUCGUCUUGCCCUAGCGCGCCCCCCUCGCUCGGUUUGAUCGAAUCCCGGAGGGGGAUCUGAGGACGAUCGCGUUGGAGCGAGAGCGCGAAGGUGAUUGGAGAUGGAAGGAGUUGAUGAGAACAAUCGGAUUGUGACGAAACCCUCGAUUUUUCGAGGCAAUGAGAUGGGGAAUCGUAGAGCUUUGAGGGAUAUAAGAAAUUUGAUGGGAGCUCCCCCCUAUCCCUGUGCGGUUAGCAAGAGGCCAUUGUCAGAAAAGAAUGGCAUAGAUGAUCAGAAACCGACCUUCGCAGGCCGACGGCCCAUGACAAGGAGAUUUGCUGCUUCUUUAGCAAGCAGAUCACAGCAUUCUCAUCAGGAAGCUAGUGAAACAAGUGAGGAGUACAUCAUUGGCCGGCACAAGAAACCCAAUCUAUCAACUUUAAAUCCAUGCAGUUCUGAUACUUCUUUGGCUAUAGAAGUGGAUGAUUAUACAGCUGCUAAUGACUUAACAUUGCCAAUGGUUGAGGAAAUCGAAGAAAUGGGCAACUGUGAUCUCAAGGAAGUUGAAAUGGAGGAUCUUGUUGAGGAGCCUAUUCCUGAUAUUGACGGUUUUGACUCCAGUAAUCCACUUGCGGCUGUUGAUUAUGUUGAGGAGAUAUACAGCUUCUACAAACGAACUGAGGUUGCCGGCUGUGCCCACCUCGAUUAUAUGUCCAAUCAGUUUGACAUUAAUGAAAAGAUGCGGGCUAUUCUCAUUGACUGGCUGAUAGAGGUGCAUUACAAAUUUGAGCUAAUGGAUGAGACUCUUUUUCUCACCGUCAAUAUUAUAGACAGAUUCUUAUCAAGGCAGACAGUGAUAAGGAAAAAGCUUCAGCUGGUGGGAGUUACAGCCAUGCUUCUUGCUUGCAAGUAUGAGGAAGUAUCUGUUCCAGUUGUUGAGGAUCUGAUUCUAAUUUCUGACCGAGCUUACACGAGGCAUGAAGUCCUAGAAAUGGAAAGUUUGAUGGUCAACACGUUGCAGUUCAACAUGUCUGUGCCAACACCUUAUGUUUUUAUGAGAAGGUUCCUAAAAGCAGCUCAGUCGGAUAGACAGCUGGAGCUUCUCUCCUUUUUCAUCAUCGAGCUUUGUUUGGUUGAAUAUCAAAUGCUCAAGUACCGUCCCUCUUUGCUUGCUGCUGCGGCAAUUUACACUGCUCAGUGCUCUCUCAAAGGGUUCAAGCUUUGGACAAGAAUUAGUGAGCUACAUACCAGCUAUUCCGAGGAGCAGCUUCUAAACAGAAGUUCCAAGUUGAAGCUACGGCUUCUGCUUCGAGGGGCUUUACUUAAACAGCACUUAUGCAGAAACUUCGGGCUAAACAACGAGUGCUCUAGAUUGAUGGUAGAUUUUCAUCGAAAAGCUGGAACUGGCAAGCUCACAGGGGUGCACAGGAAAUACAGUACUUUCAAGUUUGGAUGCGCGGCAAAAUCUGAAGCAGCUCUUUUUCUGUUUGAUUCAGGAAUUUAAAACAGACUAAUGGGAGUGACUUGAAUCUAUUUUUCCCUGGAUAGAUUCUAACUUAACAUAAAGGAGGGGGCGUACAUAAUAAGUGAUGCGGGAACUCUGAGGGCUGCAACAGAAGUUGUGGGAACUUGCAACUCAAGUUGCAGAAGUAUGGUCAGUGUUUGUGGGUUGUCAAUUUGGCUUGUUUUAUCAGAUGGAUUUGUGUGUUUUUGACUUUUAACAUUACAUUUGCUUGUUAACAUUGUUCUCGGAAGUCCAUGUUUUCAGAUUUAUGUUGAAAUUGUGUAAAGAAACUAUUGCCAAAGUGAAAAAAUAAUAAAUUUAAAUGGCUUGCAGCGUCUUAAUUGAAGAGAA